AUGCAGGCACUGACCUCGAAUUCCUACGAGGAGAUUUCGGCGAUCGUCGAACAAUUAGAAGAAGAGUUGGACUGGUUUAGGGAUACUGUUCGGACUGAGGCUGCAAGUAGGAACCGGGAGAUCAAGAGGGAUGAAGGAGACCGUGUACAACAGACUAUGCACAAAGGUGCAGAAGCCAUUAACUUGCUCACGGCUAACCUCGAUCAUAUGGAGGCUCGACGCAGAACGACCUGCCACCCCACGUCCGUUGCACGAGUCGAACCCGUCAUCGGGGCUAUUCCUAGUCCACCCGAUACUCGCCCCGAUGUUCAGCAAAACGUUGGCGCACAGGUCGACCCGGUGCAGAUGCCCAUUGCGGAGCCGGCUCCCAUACCAAUAGCAGCUCAACAGCCGCCAUUCGGACUGCCAGGACUACCGCAUCCCCCGCCAACCGGGGACUAUCGCAUGGAGCGUAUCCACCCGUACACGAGCGCCCUUUGGAGAAAUGCCGGGUUCGUUCGGUAUUUCCCUGUGACCGGACAAACUGGCGCAGAGAACGCCAACGCUGCUGAAGAUCAUAGUAUUACGGCGAGGACAGGAGGAGCCGCCCCAGCAGAUGAGCAAGGCUCACGCCGAGGAGCAGAGCCCCGCCCGCUCCAAUGGACCAAAUCCCAACUCAACAAAGUGGGAUUGGCCAUCUGGGUCCAGCAGAAUGGACGCAAUACAUCAGCGAUAUGGGCAUGGUAUCGGACUGGCAAACAGAUCCUGUUAUUCAGCGAUCCAUUGGCUACGUUUGAUGGUAGGGUGGCGGCCGUACAACAGCUGAUCAACCCUCCCAGUCAGCCAACACCCAGAGAUCAACAGCGUGACCAGAGCCAGCACAGAGUGCGGCCCGACGAAUUCACUGUCGAUUAUGAUGCUGCUCAGAAUGGACGGAACAUAGGAUCGAGCCCCGACCACAUCUGUCCCCUGAAGCUGGAGGGAGUAACUCCAGAAGUGCCCUCCUCGACGCAAACACUUACGUCGAACCAAAAUAGUCGCAACGUGACAAGAGAGGCUAGUCAGGCAAGUGUCCACUCGACCUCCUCUCAGGACGUGAACAUUCGUCGAACCGUUGCGACGAGGGGCUACUCUAAUGAGCCUCAGGCCAUCGGGACUGUGGCCCACGGAAACGAGAUCGAUGGCAGUACAAUUCGCCUCGAUCAAACUAAUGAUUACCGUACAUGCGUGCUGCGCGAGGUGCCAAUGGCGGCAGUCCAGGCGGCGACCCCUCCGACGACGGUGAUGACAAUUGUCGCGGACGAGGACAACCUACAAGUGGCUCUGGUGGUGACGGCGGAGGCGGAGGCAGAGGCGGGGGAGGAGGCAGAGGAGGCCCAGAAGACUCCUAUAACUCAGGUCGACGUCAACGACGAGUCGCUGUGGUAG